AUGGAAGGGAAUACCACCUUCCAGAGGAAACUUAGCAAACUGAGGACGCUGAGAAAAGCGGCCAGGAUAGAUGAUGUGUCCCGUUGGAAGCCCAGCGUUGGCAAGCUGCAGCCAGUACAAGACAGGAGACUGCAUAAGGCACAUCAAUAUGGCCUCCAAGUGAAGGACGCGGGGGAUUCGGUCGAAAAAGUAGGCGUACUGCGCACCGCCUCGUCUAAAGAGAUGAUAGCAAACUUGAGCAUGUAUUUCGGAUGGUUGGGCAACUCGUACAAAGGGCUCCUUAACAGGGCGGACGAGGCAGUGUACACCCUUGAAGAAUUAUACCACUCCGUGAACGCAGUGCGGAGGGUAGCUGGUAUGGAAAGCUUGAAGGAGAGUGAGUACCUAGUCAUACUUAAUACGGUGUCCAGAGUGUGUGAGAAGUUGACAGAGGAUAUGGGGAUACGUGAUUACGUUUAUGUCCCCUGUAACGAUACGUCGAUUCCGUGGAUGCAGAUUAGCGAUAGAGUCUACCUUCUAGACUCAGGAACCAUCACACCCGACAAGCAUAGGGGGCCAACCAUCCGUGGGGCCAUUCGAGACGGCACCCCGGCGGAACGUACGUACAUAUUUAACGAUGGUGAACUUCAAGGGAAUGCGAGUGUACCAAUUGACGUCUCCGACUAUAUAUUUGAUAACAUGUUGCUAGGCAGGCAGUUUUGUAGUGCGCAUGUGGAAGUCAAUGAUGAUGGUGAAUACGAAGCCGUGUUCAUCUUAGUGACAGACAUCGAAGCAGCUGAGGCGUAUGAUCAUAGCACUACCCGAAUGGACAAUGGGUAUGAUUCACCUAUGGGGGGACUGAGCAGACGUAUACUCCGGCCAGUAUCUAAGUAUGAGACUAUACUGUCGGGGUUCUUCUCCUCAUUCUUCGUGGGGGUGAGUGAAGAAGGGCUUAAAUCCGUCCAUCAAUUCGUGCGUAAGUGCCUUGAAGACGGGGCAUCCAGGCCUGAGGAAGACUUAGGGCUCAGCGUUACGGAUCUGAACAACUUAUUGGGACACCAGAUCAAUAUUAACAGUUCCAUGUACGCGCCGACUGCAGCAUUAAUGAGGAGGAAGAUUAUGAGGAGAGAACAAAGGGCAGGGACUGACGUAGCGAAGUUGCCUGGCAUCGAGGUGCAAGGACCGAACGUUAUUAUAGCCGCAGCAGGGAGUGAGGUCUACCUCAGGUGUCCCCGUGAGAGAGACACAUGGCUCGCGUGGUUGAUCAUGACCUUGUAUGCAGUCGCGACCGUUGCUAGUACGUUCCGUGACGAUAAGACCUCUGAAGGGCUGAAAGUGAUACCAGCCGCGGUAGCGUUCGUUGUUGUUGUUGUUUCGUACUAUCACACGGCCGUUCAUAAGAGGGAUCUCCGGGAUUUUUUCUUGGGAGGUCGGAAAUUCAAAUCACUAAGCGAGGCACUUGAACACGUACCGGAAGAGGUGAUAAUGCCGGAGCUCCUGGCACAUAGACAUCCGGAACACUUGGUUGACGGAGUCGACUGCUGUUACCUGACCAAUGAAAAGAGGGAAGGGAUGGCGAUUGAUCGCGAGUACAGGAUAUCAAAGCUAGAAUCGUUCGGCGCGCAGAUGGGGGUAGCAGAUACUGGAGAGCUCGUUUUUCGGAGUAACAGGAGCAGGCCGUGGAGGCUGGUAACUGGAGAUGAGCAACAGGUGCACGUAACUGAUGUUGAAGUUGAACGGUGUGCUCCUGCGAGGUGGCGCAUUGACCCAGUAGUCAAAGGCGAGACGAGCCGAAGUUCUGCCGGGGGCGAGGCGAGCAGAGAAUCUCGGAUGGAGGAGCUGGAUGGAACCACACUGUGA